AUGUCAUCAACAGCAGCGGGUGGUGGUGGUGGCUCGUCGCUCAGCAUAGGCGUCAUCGUGGCCAUUGCGGUGGUGGGAACGGUGGUGAUGGCUGUGGCUGCGGGUGUCCUGUGUGCGUAUUUGGCCCAUCAGAGGCGCCUGCGGCUGAACGCACGGCAGAUGCAGCAGACAACGGCACGGCAGUCGUCACAAGUGGCCGUCCAGCAGGGCGGUUUGCCGAUCGGCGACCACUCGACCAAGGCCGCAGCCAGGCAGUACUUCAAUACCAGAUCAGUAGCAGCCGGUGCCUCAUCUGCAGACAGCUGGUCGGUCGAGGCCGAUAGUGCGUUUGAGGGCACAGGGUUCACGUGGUGGUGGCGAUGCCGGUGGCGGCGGUGGCAGCGUCAGCAGGGCCGACAGGACCGACAAGGCGGUCCGGAGCAUGGCGCAGACGGCGAACUGCCGCUGUUUGGCAGCGGAGACAGCAGUCGAGUGAAGCAGCCUCGCACACGCAACAAGCUGCAGCGGCCGCGGCCGGCAGCACCCAAGAUGGUCUCGUCGUCCAACUUUGCAUUUGUGCCGGUGCCGGUGGAGAUGCCGGCCAGAAGCAAGAGGAGCAGCAAUGACGGCAGCGGUGGUGAUGCCGGAAAAGACGGCGUGUCGCCCUCCAAACAAAUGAGACCUCAGCGACCACCACCACCGCCACCACAGCUGCGCCUCAUCACUCACGAUCUGGGCUCGCAGAUAGACACCAGCGACGCCGGAGCAGGUGCUGUGCCACACCCGGCGAACGUGUUGGUUGCGACGCAGAGCCAACAGGAGCUUCAGCAAGGCUACCAGAACUACCAGAACUACCAGAACUACCAGAACUACCAGAACUACCAGAACUACCAGAACUACCAGAACUACCAGAACUUCGAGCAUCAUCAAAACACCAAAAACGGACGGCAGUUCGCAGGCACGCCUUACGCUUAUGCAGAGAAGCGGCUGCAGCAGCUGCAAGCACAGGCGCAGACGGAGCAGCCGGCAUCCACGGCUGGGUACACGGGCGACGACGAUGACGACGUGUUUGCGGCGGUGCCGACGCUCGCGCGCCAGCGGCAGCAGUGCCUGGCCGAGGAGGCAGCGGCACGAGAGGCAGCAGCUGCUGCUUCUGCGAUGGCGAUGACGGUAGAAGAGGCCCUGGUGGUGCCAGAGGCGCAGAAGAGUCAGCGCAGCUCGCAGGAGUCAGGCGUGUCGGAGGCCGACAGCAUGUUUGUAGAGGAGGCCACAACGACGGCGCUGUCGAGUCCCAGCCGCAGUCCAACCCGGACAACCGAUCAGAGCAGCACGAUCAGUGUGGCCGCGAAGCCGCCGACGAUGCAUCUGGUGCCGAGAGCAGAUACAGCCGAACUGGUCAAGACGGCAGAGCACGAAGCGGCAGACGCGAGCACGUCGCCCGACUCGGGGUCGUCCUCUGCGUACUCGCCACUCUCAACACGAUCCUCGCUGUCGACGGUGUACAGCGCAGAUGAGCGGCCCGAGGCAGCCAAGAAGGCGGCCGGACUGGGGAUCACGAUGAACAGACGGAGCGUGUUGAUGCAGCUGCCGGUGUGGCAGCAGCAACAACAGUAUCUGAAGCAGCAACAGCAGCAGAAGCAGAAGGAGCAGAAGCAGCAGAAGCAGAAGCAGAAGCCGCAGGGUGUCCAGAUCAACAACGGGAUUCGGGGCUCGUUUGGAGGCGCUGUGGCGCCGAUUCUGGUGGCUCCGGCUGCCGUCCGGGCUCGGUCUGCAUCGUCUGCGUCGGUCACAGCACCACUGCUGCUACAGCCCAGUCGGAGCUCGAAUCCGGCUGCGCCAUCGUCGGCGAUCCGCGUGCUCGUGACGAGCCCGACGGCCAACAGCCUGACUGGAUCGUCAUCGUCAUCGCCGGGUAAGCGUGGAAACGUUACGUUGGACGUGACCGACAGAACGGACACAGCUCACGUGCAAAUUGGCGAAAAUGCAUCGGCCACGGCAGCGGCCGAAGAAGAGAUUCGACGACAGCAGCAGCAGCAACAACAACAACAGCAGCGCCGACAGAGCCUGGUGCCGCCUCCGACGAACCUGGCCAGUCUCGUGGAGGUGUUGGCCGACGUGCCGGAGAACGGCGAAGCGGUCGGGGCCGGGCGGCGCUGGUCGACACGGCCGUUGCCAGUGGCACCAUCUCGACUGUCGGCAGCAUCGCUGAAGCAGCAGCAGCAGCAAGAGGUCGAGACGGACAACCGGGCAUCAACGCUGACGACCAACAGCCUGCUGGCGACGGCGGUCGAGCUGCGGCGCAUGAACAGCGUCGCCCACAGCGAAGCCUCGACGGUGUACAGCGAGGCCACGAACAUAUCGCCGCUGCCACCGCAGAUGGCCGUGUUUCCGGGCAGCAGCACGACAGCCGACACAAAAGACGAAAAGGCCACGACACCAUUGCGACGUGGUCGUCGCAGCCGCGUGCUCGAGGGAACGGCCGCCAGCAAACGCGGCAGCCGUGCCAGCGGUACCGGCAGCCGGCACUACCUCUCGCUCGGGGGGGCUGCCGGCUCUGGGACGAAUGCAGGCAGCAGCAGCAGCGACAAAGAAAACGGCACCGAAGAAAGCGUGGUGGAGGGCGGACCUGCCGUCUCAAUGCAGACGACUUCUGGAUCCAAGCGGCAACAGCCACGACCAUUCUCCAUUGUCGCGGGCCAGGAAUCGGCUGAGCUCGCGUCUCUGUCGACACCUAGACGCACGCCCAGCCGGUCGCCGUCCAAGACGGACAGAUCGACGUCCAGCUGCGUUGUCGUCAGCAGCAACAGCGCCGUCAAGACGCCGGGCAGCCGGUCUCCCACCAAGAACAAGUCGGCCCGUCGGACGUCGGCGUCACAGGGAACGCCGACACGCACACCGACACAGUCGAGUCCGCCAACCGCGGCCAUGGCCCCCCUUCCCAUCGCCGGCGGCCCCAAGGUGGUCCUUUAUCACCAGACGCACCACACGCCGACGGGCGAGCCAGUGUCGGUGUUGCCGCUGCUGCGUCGCGAUGGCGACAUGGGACCGUCGGUCACUCACGUGAUCGUUGGUGCGAUUCACCUGAAUGCCGAUCCGGCGGCACCCACGCUCAACGACCACCACCCAGACGACAGCCGGUUUGACAUGCUGUGGGCCGAGGUGGGUGCCCUGCAGCAGGCGGGCGUGCGUGUGCUGGGUAUGCUGGGCGGUGCCGCCAAGGGCAGCUACGCGCGACUGGAUGUAGGCCUGCUGGAAGGCCAUUCUGCUGCUUCCGCGACGUCGGCCUCGUUUGAGGCCUACUACGCCGCGCUACACAGGCUCGUGCGGCGACAGCGGCUGGAUGGGAUUGACCUCGACGUGGAGGAGCCCAUGUCGCUGGCCGGCAUCGUGCACCUGAUCGACCGGCUGCGUCGUGACUUUGGGCCCGGCUUCCUCAUCACGAUGGCCCCUGUGGCGGCCUCGCUGCUCCGGCCGACCGAGCCGCGCUGCAACCUCUCGGGCUUCUCGUACGCCGACGUCGAGCAGCGGCGCGGCCGCGACGUCGCCUGGUAUCACGCGCAAUUCUACUGCGGCUGGGGCGACGCGUCCUCGCCCGACAUAUACCUCGCCAUGACCCGUGGCGCCGUUGCGCCCAUUUCUGGCCUCGGACCCCAUCGCGUCGUCAUGGGCCUCCUCACCAACCCGGCCAACGGCCCCGGCUGGGUCGACCUCGACAUCUCCACCACCGUCCUCCUCGACCUCUGCGCCGCCGCCCAGACCGACGCCUCCUACUUCGCCGGCGUCUCCGGCUGGGAGUACUUCAAUGCCUUGCCCGGCGCCCAGGCUCGCCCGUGGGAGUGGGCCGAGUGGAUGUCUGCUAUCCUCGGCAGUUCCGUCGAGGCUGCCAACGGCUUCGGCAUCCAAGGGGUCGCUGCUGCUGCUGCGGCCGCCAUCACGGAAACAGCGCAUACAACGGAGGCGGAUCCAGACGGUGAGGCUGGACUCGAGGCACCAGUACCAGACCCGUUCGAGUACGACUACCAAUCCGACACGGAGGAAUGA